GCAUGUAGCAGAGUCCAUUCCAUAUUGAUACUGAAUGCUGAUCUUUUGAUCUUGAACAGGAUCUAUACACGGAUGUGUAGGAACAUCAUAAUAGAGCAGGGCUCCACGUCUACAUGUUAUACCUGCCUAUUUUGAGGGACAACUGGGGGUCUUGUUAAGUAGGAUAAAGAAAAAGGGUGUGAAAAGACUGAAUUAAGAGCCACAUUUUGAAGAGCCACAUGUUCGUCACCACAACUCUAUAGGAAAAACAACAACUGAGAAUGGCGAGACUAUGGUUUCGAAAAUGUUCGAGGCACGUCGCGAGAGCAGCCGUUGUCAUAUUUUGCCUCGGACUUAGCCAUUACCUCCACUUUUUGUCGUGUAGAAGCAUGGAAGAGUCAACCUUAUCUGGGCGGAAAGACGCUUUUGAUGCGAACAGGCCAUGGGCUACGAGCUCCAUUUCCUCUCCCGGACACGCACCUUUGCCAAGAAGAUCUGAAAACCUGUCACCUGGGGACGAGGGAGAGGCUCCACAACCAACAAACCGAAGCCAUCACGGACCCCCCACCUGCAGGCCUAAAACAAAGCUCGCUUUUAUCAAGGUGCACAAAGCUGCAAGUAGUACCAUCAUGCAGAUCCUACAACGAUUCGGCUAUCUGCGGAAACUUUCAUUCGUGCAGCAUAUAUCAAGAGACGUAAAUGGCUUAUAUCCUCACGGCCUGUCGAAACCUAAUUUUCUUAUGCCACCACAAGGAGAAAGUCACGAUAUACUUACCUACCACACCGUGUACGAUCGUCCCAACAUCGAACGUCUACUAACGCCAGAUGCGAAAUUUGUCACGAUACUCAGAGAACCGUUCAAGCACUUCGCAUCUGCAUUCCCCUUCUAUGGCUACAAAAAGAUACUCAAUGUCACCGCUCCAAACCCGUUAGAAGCAUUCCUGGAAAACCCUGGCUUUUAUGACAACCUGAACAGAGGAGUUUACAAGACAAAAAGUCCGAUGGCCAUGGAUCUAGGUUUACCUCUGCGCCUGUUGUCCCCAUCAUAUCAGAAUGAGAUCGCCAAUACCACCAGACAAUUCAUAAACAAAAUAUCUCAGGAGUUUGACCUCGUGAUGAUAUCGGACCAUUUUGAUGAAUCAUUGGUGCUUUUUAAGCGUCUGAUGUGUUGGGACCUAAAGGACAUUUUGUACUAUAAGUACAACAACUAUAACUACUCUUCACAAUAUGAUACCAGUAAAAUCUCACAAAAACUGAGGGACAAUCAUAAAGAGUGGGAUGCCUUGGACUAUGCUCUUUACGAACACUUUAAUGACACCCUGUGGAAGAAAAUAGCAAUGGAGGGGAACAGCUUUGUCCAAGAACUGGCACAUUUCCGGGAUGUUGAAUUGAAGAUGAGGGUCCACUGCAACUCCGACUACUCAGCCUUGGAACCCAUUGUCAUCUCAGAGACCCCCUGGAAUUCAGCCUUUCAGAUUGACUCCGAAUAUUGCACCUGGGCAAAAAUGUUUCAUCUGUGUUACUAUUACCUGAUCAGGGACAGAAACAGCAGGUACCAAACCACAUUAAAGGGACACAUUGCAGAUGAAAAAGUCCAACAGGAUGGGAUUUUCUAUUCAUCGCCAUACUGUAGCACGGAGUGCGAGAAUAUAAAGAAAGAAUGCUCCCUUCAUGAGUACGUGCAGCACUGUUACCUGGAAGGGUUUUUAACGAAGUCACAGUCUAGUUCGCGAAAAAUAAAGUUCCUCUCACAUGGGGGUAAACCCUUACCCCUUGAGUAACCAGUCUUGCACCAUAUACUAGUACCAGAUCAUUCUCAUGUGGUGUACUGUAUCAUAUACAGCACGUACAUUUAAAGCAAGGAAAGACCCUCACUGAUAACAAAUGUAGUUUUGCUCUAUUAGAAUUUAGAAUUAUCAAAUUUAAAGUUCAUCCCAACUCUACACCAAAGCUUACAAUUGGAAAGUGAGACAGUAUACAUGUACUUUUCAUUAGAAAAUUGUUUGCCAACAUGAGACUUUGGCAUGUCACAGUGAACAUAGCAGACAUUAGCAGUUAAUAUGACUCUGUUGGUGGAUUGAAGAAAUCACUGAUUCUCUAACAUGUCAGAAAGUUCCUAUAGUUAAAGACUAAAGACAUUUUACAUACAUCAUGUCUACAUGCCAAUAUAAUGGUUUAUUUUUUUCUGAUUUGCAUUACAUGUUGGCAGGAUAUCUGGCAAAUUUAAAAAGAAUACCUACUCUUGUCCUCACAGAGAACAUAGUACAGGUCACCAAUCAAGUCCCUAUUGACAGUACAAGAAGUGGGUCUUCACUAGACUUCAAAUCAGCCUGGUUUUUAAUAUACAUGACCUGAUAUCCAGUUCAGAAAGUGAUGGUGCUGGCAAAAAUAUAUCAGUUGUUUCAUUUAGCAAGCCUAGAUUAGCACACAUACUCCAACAUUAGACUGAGAUAAUAUCACUAGCCUGCAUCGCAUGCCUGCUAUAGUUCUGCACAUAGCCCACAGAUGUGAUACAAGUUACAUCCAUUGGAUAAGAGAUGGCUGGACAAAUCUGCAAAUAGGUUACCAAAACAUUACAGUGGUCCUCCAUGUAAGAAUCUGAGAUGCAAAUAUGGCUUUUUGUGCAUUCAAAGAUCUGAUGUCUUUGAUGGAGACUAAGGUUUUUCUAAAUGGCAUACAAAUACUUGGCAGAAUUACAACUUUUUACAAUGGUGUAGCGACAGCCAGUUUCUUCUAUGCUAAGCACAGAAAAUGAAAGUUCCCUUUACACAACUCUGGACAAUUUCUAUGACCUAAAUUUGGCCCUAGAUUUCAAAUGUAUGUUAAAACCCUAAAAUCUUCCAACCUGUAAAUUAAGCUUCAUACUUACAACAGUGGGUUUUCUCUUGUUUAAUACAUUAUCUUACAAGAUUACACUUCCAGCGUGAUCGUGAGCUUACAGCAAGUAUAAUCUCUUGGAUACCUUGAAUAAAUUGAGACCAUCAACACCAUAUAUAUAAAUACACAGAUAAUUGCUACAUACAUGUAUGUGCAUUGUAGCACAAAGUAUGUUAGAUAACAUUUAUCUCAUCAUACAGCAUGAUAAAAAUAUCCUAUUUCUCAACAUCUGCAUUUUCAACUAAAUAUUCUUGGUAUUCACUUUAUAUUUUAGUCUAGAGAAAACAAAUACAAUGUAGUAUCUAAAAGAAAAAUGGGUUAAAAAAACAACAAUUUGCACAGAAAAUAACAAGUAUACAAUUAUUCAAGAAAUGCAUCAAGAUGCACAUUAUACAUGUAUAUCCAGCAGCAUCUAUUCAAGCAUUUUGAAAUGUUGCAUGCUUUCUAUAGUAUGUAUACAACCAAGUCUUACACAUUGAAAUGUUAAUACACUUGUUGUCCAAUUGUUAUUAUUUCAAAGUUAACUAAUUGUUGUCGCUAGCCUCAACUACCAUCCUAAAACUAAGGGAAGAACAAUAACUAUGAUGAUCAUUAUAUGUGAUAAACUAGUGGAUAAUACAUGUGCAAGGGCUUUUCAUUCCAUUGGUUCUGUGUUUGAUCAUGAAGUGGGUAGAUGUGGGACAUACAAUGUACAGUAAAUACAAAGGGUCAAAAUACUUGUUAUCAACAUUUACAUUGUUAAGGUACAUGUAUAUCAUAGAUAAGUUGGUAUCCAUUGGUAUAGUCCUACAAGGUUGAAUUAGAGCUUUCUGUUUUUGUGAUGUCCAAGAGUUGUGAUCCUGGUGUACCAUACUGUAUUGUGCCAUUACUACCCAAAUAAAGAUCUAAAAUGGUU